AAUGCAAAGCAAAAAGUCUGAUAAGAGCGAACCAUUUUUAACCUCACUUUGUGUUUACUACAAGCGUCAACAAUUUCUUAGAAUUUAUUGAUAAACUGUGCAUUUCUGUCGAAUUCAGUUGUGCAUAAGGUGCGUUAGUGAGUUUACAAAUUAAAUUAGGCCAAUUAUGGCAAAUAGGACCGUAAAAGAUGCCAAAUCAAUCCAUGGCACAAAUCCCCAGUAUCUGGUUGAAAAGAUCAUCAGAUCGCGAAUUUAUGACUCUAAAUACUGGAAGGAGGAAUGUUUUGCCCUCACUGCAGAGCUUUUAGUAGACAAGGCAAUGGAAUUACGAUUUGUGGGUGGUGUUUAUGGUGGCAAUAUAAAGCCAACACCAUUUUUAUGUUUGACACUAAAAAUGCUACAAAUUCAACCAGAGAAAGACAUUGUAGUUGAAUUCAUCAAAAACGAGGAGUUUAAAUACGUCAGAGCCCUCGGUGCUUUCUACAUGAGACUCACAGGGUCGUCCUUAGACUGUUACAAAUAUCUUGAGCCUUUGUACAACGACAACAGGAAGUUGCGGCGACAAAAUCGCCAAGCGCAGUUUGAAAUUGUACACAUGGACGAGUUUAUUGACGAAUUGUUACGAGAGGAACGAGUUUGUGAUGUUAUUUUGCCACGCAUUCAAAAACGCAUUGUUUUGGAAGAAAGCAACGAACUCGAAGCCAAGAUCUCGGCCCUUGAAGACGACUUGGACGAAGAGAUUGAACUUGAGGAAGAAAACAAGUACGAGUUGGUUGAAGAAAAGCCCAAAGAGAAGAAAGAAAGGGAGAGGAAGCGGGAACGCAGCAGAUCCAGAGAAAGGCAUCGCAGUCGGAGUAAGGAACGCCACAAGAAGGAGAAGGACAAGGAGAGGGACCGCGACCGGGAGAAGGAGCGCGAUAGGGAGAGAAGAGACAGGGAGAAGGAGCGCAAGGACCGGGAGAAAGACCGCGAAAAAGAGCGAGAUCGUAAGGAUAAAGACAGGAAACGGGAGCGAGACAGACACCACUGAUUUUUCAAUACAUCGUUUUAUACAAUCAAUAAUUAAAUACAUCAACAAGUUUA